CAGUCCUCUCUCUCUCUCUCUUAGUCCUCUCUCCCUUGCGCGCUCUCUCUCUUUGUCGAGCUCUCACUCUGAAGCUCUGCAGAACUCUACGAAAGUAAUAAGCAAAGUAGCAUACUUGAUGUUCACAUAAAGUCGCACAUCAGCAUUUGGCAAGUAUUUCUUUCACACAUCGGCGGAAUUUUAUUGAGGGUUGCGCACAUGGCUUAUUAGAAAGGGCAGCCCAGUGCACGAGGCUCCUGGCAAGCAAGGUUUGGCCCCGGAUCUAAGUCCACAAGCUCCAAGGCAUGUUCUAUAUGAAAGUCCACUAGUUAUUUGAAUUUUGAAAGGUAGUAAAAUUUUGUUAGGCUUCCAAAACAUGUGAUUCAAUGGUAGUAAAAUUUAUUAAUUUAUUACUAACCUUACCAAUGGAUAACCUUUUACCAUCCUUGUUUAUUUCAGUUUACUCCCAUCAAAUGGAUAAAAAGUGGAUAAGCGAUCAAUCAAGACAAAGUGAAGAAUACAUUAGAGGGGUUUCUAAUUUUCUCAAUUUUGCAUUUGAGAGGUCAUCUAAAGAUGGGAAAAUCUUGUGUCCUUGUCUCAAAUGCAUCAAUCUACGUUGGCAUAGUAGGGCAGAUGUUUCUAGUCAUCUAAUCUUUAAUGGCUUUUUCAAAGGUUAUGUUCAAUGGAUUUUUCAUGGAGAGAAUUCGAGUGCUUCUACUUAUACUAGUGGCCUUACAGAGCAAGAGGGCAGGUUUCAACAUGACAUACCUGGUUUAUUACAAUGCAUACAGUGGAUGAGGGUCGAGAUGUCAAUAUGGAAGGAGAGAGUGCACAGGAGAUCAUGGAAGAACAAGGUGUUCGACAACCUAGAGGGGGGAGCACUAUAGAUAGGUUUUAUGAGCUAAUGAAAUAUGUUGAACAAAAUCUCUACCCAGAUUGCACAAAGUACACAAAGUUGUCAUUCAUUGUGCAUUUGUACCACAUAAAAUGUCUUCAUGCAUGGAGCAACAAAUCAUUCUCUAUGUUGUUGGAGCUACUAAGAGAUGCAUUGACAGAUGGGAAUACCUUACCAGAGUCAUAUUAUGAUACAAAGAAGCUCAUCUCGGGUUUAGGUUUGGGGUAUGAAAAGAUCCAUGCUUGUCCUGGUGAUUGCAUGUUGUAUUGAAAGGAUAAGGCCAAUGACGAAUCAUGUUCUGAGUGUGGGCACUCAAGAUGGAAACCAACUACCGAAGAUGUAGAAUCUAAUGAACAGUCUACAACUGGAAAGAGAAAGAAGAUACAUGCAAAGAUCUUGCGUUGGUUUCCCCUAAAACCAAUAUUACAGACUUUUCAUGUCUUGCGAGACUGCUUCCUACAUGAGAUGGCAUGAGGAGGGUCGAACUAAGGAUGAACUCUUGAGGCAUCCUGCAGACUCCUUAGCUUGGAAAGAAUUUGAUUCUCGAUAUCCUGAUUUUUCCUUCGACCCUCGUAUUGUUCAUCUAGGAUUAGCUUUUGAUGGCUUUAAUCCAUUCAAGACUAUGAGCACUACUUAUAGCACAUGGCCUGUCAUAUUAAUCCCUUAUAAUUUUCCUCCAUGGAUGUGCAUGAAGCAGCCAUAUUUCAUACUCUCAUUGCUUGUUCCUGGUCCAAGAGGUCCUGCUAAUAAGAUGGAUGUAUAUAUGCAGCCUUUGAUAAAAGAAUUGGUAGAGAUGUGGGAAGUUGGGAUUGAGACUUUUGAUGCUUUCAUAAAGGAAAUCUGUCGAGUGCGUGCGACAGUGACGUGGACUAUAAAUGACUUUCCCGCAUGUCUGGAUGGAGUACUAAAGGAAAAUAUUCAUGCCCCUCUUGUGGUUUUGAAACUGCCUCUUUAUGGCUAAAUCAUAGCAAAAAAUAUUGUUACAUGUGCCAUCGUCGAUGGUUAGAGGAAAACCACAAGUUUAGAUACAAUAGCAAGGCUUUUGAUGGAACUGAAGAAUUGAGAAGUGCACCUAAGCCUCCUUCAGGUACUAUAGUGUUAAGGCAAUUGGAGAACCUUGGAUCCUCUAUUGGAGAUGCAAAUGCAGAUGGGCCACAACCAUGGAAGAAGAGCAUUUUGUUUACGUUGUCUUAUUGGGAACAUCACCUAUUGCGCCACAAUAUUGAUGUCAUGCAUAUAGAAAAAAAUGUUUGUGAUAAUAUUCUUGGCACGUUGUUGAAUCAGAAGAAGAAAACAAAGGAUAACUACAAAGCACGACUUGACCUUGAAGAUAUGGGCAUAAGAAGUGUACUUCAUCUAAAGACACGUCCUGGUAGUAAUACCAAAUUCUUGUCUAGAGCUUGUUAUCAAAUGACUUCAAAAGAGAAAGAAGAUUUUUUGAAAAUUCUCAAGAAUGUAAGAGCUCCUGAUGAAUAUUCUUGUAAUAUUUCACGUUGCAUGCAACUCAAACAACGCAAGAUCAUAGGCCUCAAAAGUUAUGAUUGUCAUGUUUUGAUGCAAGAGCUUCUUUCUAUAGCCAUAAAGGGGUCUUUGCCUAAUAAAGUGAGUUCAGUUAUAAUUGAAUUAUGUCGCUUUUUCAAGGAAAUUUGUUCAAAGGUUCUUAAUUUACAUGAUCUUGAGCGACUUGAAUCUCAGGUUGCUGUCACACUUUGCCAGAUGGAGAAGAUCUUCCCUCCAUCUUUUUUCACUGUUAUGGUACAUUUGAUAAUUCAUUUAGCUUCUGAGGCUAAAGUUGGUGGUCCGAUACAUUACCGAUGGAUGUAUCUUAUUGAGAGGUACCUUCUUACACUUAAAUCCUUUGUGUGUAAUAGAGCACAUCCAGAGGGUUCGAUCGCAGAGGGGUAUUUGGCACAUGAGUGCUUGAACUUUUGUUUACAAUACCUAUUGGGAGUUGAGACAAGGUUUAACAGACCUAGGCGAAUGAUGAACCCAAUUGUUAUUUAGAAGCAGAGACAUCUCUAUUACAUACUCCUGGAAGACCACUAGGUCAAAAGGGACGACGUGGUUUUAAUGUAAGAAAUCGAAAAAGGAUGCAACGUGUUGUCCUUGACAAAAAAACAUUGAUACAAGCACACUGAUAUGUGCUUUUCAAUUAUGACGUGAUUGCCCCAUUUCGAGAACAACAUGCUUUGGUUAUUAAGAGGCAAACUCGUGGACGUCACAUAUCACAGUAUGAAAUCGAGAAGAUUCAAAGUCAAUCUUUUCAUGAGUGGUUUCGUGAGAGGGUAAGCAUAAUUUUAGAUGAUGUGUUUUUCUACUUAGUUAUUACACUUUUAGGUAUAUACAUUAAUAAUUUAUAAAAUGUACUAGGUUGCAUGAAUGGAUGAACAAGGGAAUGAACAAGUUACUGAUGAAAUUAGAUGGUUAGCUCGUAGUCCAAUUGAAGUGGCAAGAAGAUACUCUGGCUAUAUCAUUAAUAGUUUCAGGUUUCACACAAAACAUCGUGAGAGGUUUUUGAAAAGCCAAAACAAUGGGGUUGUUGUGACUGUUAAGACUAUGAGUUAUGCUAGUGCACGGGACAGACGACCUAUUGAGGGUGAAAUCAAUUACUAUGGUGCAUUGACAAACAUUAUUCAAUUGAAUUAUUCAAGUAGAUAUAAGCUUGUGCUAUUUAAAUGUGAUUGGGUUGAUAUCAAUAGAGGUUGCAAGAAAGAUAGUUUUGGAUUCACACUUAUGAAUUUCAAUCAUUUAAAACACACGGGUAAUGAUGUCACUGAUGAUCCUUUUGUAUUGGCAUCACAAGUGAAAAAGGUGUUUUACGUUGAAGAUGAGAGUCAUAAGGAUUGGUUUGUGGUCAUGCAUGCUAAAGUUAGGGAUAUGUAUGAUAUGGGUGAUGAGUUAUGUGUUAACACAGAGCAACCGGUUGAACAAGUUGUAGAAGACACAUUUGAUGUUAUAAUCAAAAUGAGUGGAUUAGGAUGGAAGUUGAUGAUAAUGGUGAUGAUGAUGAACUAUGCAUCGCACCAAAUACAGAGGAUGAAUUAGAUGAAGGCAAUGAGACAGAGGAUGAUGGUGAAGAGAAUUUCUUUUAAUUAUGUCACAUUCCAUUAAAUGUUUUCACUACCAUGAUUUGGGAUUCCUUGUACUUGGCUUUACUAUAAAAGUGUUUUGGUUUAUAAUUAGAACUUGUAGUCGUUGUUUGAUGAUACUCAUACUUCUCAAAUUGCAUUUUGGUGUUUGACUAUUUCUACCGGGUUGAGUUAAAUAAAAAAACAAUGUUUUUUUUCCUCUUUUGAUUGGAAAAGCAUGUAUGGUUUAUUUGUAUCACAUUGACAUUUCAUUUCUAGUAUAUUCUUUCUUAGGUCAUUUCUGCUUUUAUAUCAUUACCUUAUCUUAUGUUUUGACAAAAAAAUUGAACUGAUGGGGAGUUGUUAUAAGCCCUUCUCAGUUAUCCUUCUCAGUUACACCUUACGGGUUAACUUGGGGAAACGCAAGAGAUUGAAUAUUGUCUCAUUGAGUUCCCACGAAAGAGAUGAAACUCAACCACAAGGGGGUGAGUCCAAUAAUGAGGGGCAAACUACCUAGGUUGAGCCCAACAAUGAGGGCCAAACCACCCAAGGUAGUGCACUAGUGGAUGCAUAUUCACAAAGGCGGCCAACUAAAGCUCAAUACAAGCCUCGAGGUCCCACACGUAUGUUAGAGGUGUGGGAUAUGACGGCGGAGGAGAAGAUUGUUGUUCAACUAGAUGAAAUGGGCCGACCAAUUGGUGAUGAGGGAAAAACUGGUACCAUGGUAAGAAGGGCCCAAUUUGCACCUAUCAACUAUAUAAAAUGGAAAGAUAUGCCCCGGACUUACAAAGAUGAUAUGUGGACAACUGUAGAUGUAUAAAAGUUGUUUAAGAUUAUCUCAUUUAUUUAAGUUUUGACACUCAUGAUGAUAAGUCUGAAUUCAGUGUCAUUGGUUAUAGUCAAAGUUUCAAUUUGUGCCUAGAUGCACUGAGCAAACAAAAAAGCUACUCCUACAAAUUAUAUCUGACAAGUGGAGGCAAUGGAAGAAUGAGAUAAAGGCAAAGGGGUAUGAUGAGAGUAAAACGGAAGAAGAAUGGCUGCUAAUGUUCCAGAUGAUCGGGUAGAUGGAAACUAAUAUCGUACACUGGUUCAUUAUUGGUGCUUUGAGGAGGGAAAGAGAGUUAGCCAAAUUAAUAAAAGUAAUCGAGCCAAGCUAGAAGACCUUCACUGCACUGGCACAAAAGGAUUCCCUAGGCUCAUUGAAGAGAAGACAAAAGAGGCCCACGGGGUGGCACCUACUCGUGCACAAAUUUAUAUAGAUAGUCGGACAUGCAGUGAUGGAAGCAUUGUCAAUGAAAAGGCAGCAGAGAUUAUUGCACCAUUCUAUACUCAUCACCAGAUGGCAAGAGCAUGCAUUUGUAGUGUACUUUGAGAAUAAAGCCAAAAACGGAGAUCUUGUGGGAUCAAUAUCAUGUCUCUAUACCUGGUGCUCUACUUGAUGACCUGCUAUAAAUUAUCUGAGGACUAUUUCAAAUAGGAAAAUUUGAAAAAGUGCUUAGAUGAUGAAAGCACUUCACAGAGUUCGCAAAUAUUACAGCAAGGAUCUUCUUGGAAGAAUGAUGUGCUUUCUCAUGUUAAAGGACCUGAUAAGAAAGGACGUGUUCGUUGUAUGGGAAAGAUUCUAACUUCUAAUGGUAGUGGAGCUUCAUCAUCUCAACAACACAAUCAACAUGAUCAAGUUUUGCAGGAAAAAGUUCAAAACUUAGAGGGUUUGGUGAAUGGUUUUAUAUCUAUAUUUCAGAGGCGAUUUCCUGAUGAGCAACUUAGUGAUAUCACGAGUCUUGUAAACCAUAACACAAAUAGAGAGAUGUCUCACCAAAUGGGCAUUGAAACUCUUCGACUUCAAGCCAUCAUCCUCAUGGAAAUCAAAGUAGAGAAAAAUCAACUUAAUGAAGAGGAACGCCUAUUGUUGCUUGAAAAAUCAAUUUCAAAGCCAUGAGCAUGCUUUUUGCUAGUUCUAGCAUAUUGGAGCAAAUAAGUUGGUGGUUUAUCCAACAGUUGCUUAGACGAUGCUAAAAACAUAUUUUCUGGUUUCAAUGAAAAUUUAGGUUUUUAUAAGUUUUUGCAUAUUUAGUUUUUUUUUUUUAUGUAUAGUUGUUCUUUCUAUGUUGGUCAUUUUGGUUGAACAGGAAUCUUGAGAAAACAUUCUUUAAUGUACAAGUGUUCUCUUUGUGUUGGACA